UAACUUGACUCACCCACGUGAUGCAAGAAAGCAUCACUUCAACACUCCCCAAAUGAAAUCAAUGCAGAAGCAUAACCCCGCGGCUAUGGAAAAGCCACGAUUUCAAAACCAAACCUCCUAACUUGUUCCCCUAAAAUUCCUCCGCCAUUGAUUCUUCUCUUCUCUUCUCUCUCAACAAUUCCUCUUCCUAAUGCAUUGAAAUUACUCAUCACAAAACCCCAACACUAAACCCUUUUUUUCAUGGAAUGAGAAAAUCUAAACCCCUUUUAACCCUUCUCCACAACAACCAUAACCAAAACCCCAAUCUUUUCCACCUUCUCCCAAAACCCUUUUCUUCUCUCCCCCAACAACAACAACCCCACCUCGUUUCACAAAUCUUCACCGUCCUCUCCCAACCCCAAUGGCGAAAGAACCCUUCUUUCAACACCUUAAUCCCUUCCCUAACCCCAACCCAUCUCUCUUCCCUCUUCAACCUCGACCUCCACCCUCUCACUGCUCUAAACUUCUUCAAAUGGAUCAACCACCAACACGGCUUCACUCACACUGUUCACUCCUACCAACCCCUCCUCUUCAUUCUACUCCGAAACGGCUUCCUUCGCGCCGCGGAAAAUGUUCGCAACUCCAUGAUUAAAUCAUGUGCUUCCAUUCAAGAUGCAAGGUUUGUUUUGAACCUAUUGCGUUUAAUGAACACGACCCAUCAUGAAAAUCUUGCAUUUAAGCUCUCCGUUACUUCGUAUAAUAGACUUCUUAUGUUGUUGUCGCAGUUUGAUUUGGUUGAUGAGUUGAAUUCUUUGUUUAAGGAUAUGUUGGAGGAUGGGGUUUUGCCUAAUUUGGUUACUUUUAAUACUAUGUUGAAUGUUCAUUGUAAGAUGGGGAAUGUGGUCGUGGGAAAGGUUUAUUUUUGUGGAUUGAUAAAGAGUGGUUUUUGCUGUGAUACGUUUACGUAUACUUCGUUGAUAUUGGGUUAUUGUAAAAAUCAUGAAUUGGAGAAUGCUUAUAAGGUGUUUGAGAUUAUGCCGGAGGAGGGUUGUCGAAGGAAUGAGGUUUCAUAUACUAAUCUUAUUCAUGGUUUUUGUGAAGCUGGGAAGGUUGACGAGGCUCUCGAAUUGUUCUUUCGAAUGAAGGAGGAUGGUUGUUUUCCAACUGUUCGGACUUAUACCGUUCUUGUGGAUGCAUUGUGCGAGUUGGGGAAGGAGGCGGAAGCUCUGAAAUUUUUCGAGGAGAUGGUGGAAAGACGUUGUGUGCCGAAUGUUUAUACUUACACUGUUUUUAUUGAUUAUUUCUGCAAGGUUGGUAAGAUGGAAGAGGGGAUGAGAGUGUUGGAAACGAUGUUGGAGAAAAGGUUGGCUUCUAGUGCUGUCCCAUUUAAUGCCUUGAUUGCUGGGUAUUGUAAACAGGCAAUGAUGGAGGAUGCCGUCGGUGUUUUGGAUUUGAUGAAGUUGAAUAAAGUUUGUCCAAAUGAUCGUACUUAUAAUGAACUAAUUUGUGGGUUUUGUGGAAGAAAAAGCAUGGACAGGGCGAUGGCGUUGGUUAAUAGAAUGUUUGAAAACAAUUUGUCGCCCAACUUUAUCACAUAUAACACCUUAAUCCAUGGGCUGUGUAAUGCAGGUAUGGUCGAUAGUGCUUGGCGGCUGCAUCAUUUGAUGAUUGAAGAUGGCUUCAUUCCUGAUCAGAGGACUUUUUGUUCUUUUAUAGACUGCCUCAGUAAAAUGGGAAAAGUAGUAGAAGCAUGUCAGGUCUUUGAAUCUCUCAAGGAAAAACAUGUCGAAGCAAAUGAAUUCAUAUAUACAGCCUUGAUAGAUGGCUACUGCAAGGCUGAGAAAUUUGAUGAUGCCAAGUUAUUAUUCAAAAAGAUGCUUGCUGAGGGAUGUUUGCCAAACUCUAUCACGUUCAAUGUCUUGUUAGACGGCUUGCGAAAAGAAGGGAAAGUGGAAGAUGCAAUACUGUUUGUGGAUGACAUGGGAAAGUUUAAUCUGAAGCCUACUGUUCAUACAUAUACAAUUCUCAUUGAGGAAAUAUUGAAAGAAAGUGACUUCAACCGUGCUAAUAGAUUUCUUGACCAAAUGAUUUCAUCUGGAUGUCAACCUAAUGUGGUCACAUAUACUGCUUUCAUUAAAGCAUAUUGUAGCCAAGGAAGAUUACAGGAUGCUGAAGAGAUGGUGGUCAAGAUUAAAGAAGAAGGCAUAGUACCAGACUGCACGGUCUAUAAUUUAUUAAUAAAUGCUUAUGGCUGUAUAGGACAACUAGACAAUGCAUUUGGGGUUCUCAAACGCAUGUUCGAUACAGGUUGUGAACCUUCGCUUCAAACACAUUUCAUUCUAAUGAAGCAUCUAGUAGUUGAAAAACAUAAUAUUUCAGUUGAUAAUGCUGAUAUAUGGAAGAUAAUUGACUUUGAAAUCAUAACCACGCUUUUUGAGAGAAUGGUGGAACAUGGCUGUGUGCCUAAUGUUAAUACUUACAACAAGCUUAUUGUAGGACUUUGCAAAGUGGAACAUUUGUCGAUAGCCUUUAGGUUGUUAAACCAUAUGAGAGAAAAUGGAAUAUCUCCAUCUGAAAUUAUUCAUAAUUCUCUUCUAAGUGGUUGCUGCAAGUUGGGCAUGCACGAAGAAGCAUUGAGAUUGCUGGAUUCUAUGAUGGAGUGUAAUCAUUUAGCACAUCUAGAAUCCUAUAAGCUUCUCAUUUGUUGGCUAUUUGAACAGAGUAACAAAGAGAAGGCUGAGGCAAUUUUUCAUAGAUUACUAAACUGUGGGUAUAAUUAUGACGAAGUGGUUUGGAAAGUCCUAAUUGAUGGCCUAGCUAAGAAAGGUUAUGUUGACGAGUGCUCACAAUUGCGGAACAUUAUGGAGAAAAAUGGUUGUCGUUUACAUUCCAAGACGCAAACUAUGUUAACUCAGGAACUGAAUGGAACUUAAUGUGAUGAUUGUAUGAUUGUUUAUUUUUCUGUGGAAUGGAACAUGGAGACGGAAUUCCUCCCAUUAAUAUUUCAUUUUUGAUGAGUCAGGCUAAGGUUGUUGUACAGAGGAGUACCUGAAACUCCAUAAUACAUUCUGAACAUACUUACAAUAUUUCAGCAAAUGAGCUGCGCGAGCAGCUCUUUUUUACAAUCCAGAUUAACUGUCACAGACCAGUAUAACUGUGACAAUCACCCGGGUAGAGAAAUCGGUAGAAGACCAAGAGGCAAGUGACAUUUUGAAUUCUUAUUUAUUAUUUUUAUUCUUUUCAUUUAAUAAAGACUCAAUUCAAAUUGUAACUUUACUUUCGGUUAUCUCAGACAUAUCGGUGCAUUUUUUUUUGCAUGAAUAGUUACAAAUAUGUUAACUUCCUUGCUACUUUAUUUGAAUCAUACUACAUAUUACAAAUUUCUGUUACUUAAAUUUGUUUGUAUGUGUUAUACUUGGACACAACCUUUUGGUUAUGAAUAAUGGUGCAUCAGCGCUGUAGUUUAGCAGAAUUUAAACUAACUAUUGUUAUUCCACGACUAUAUUAUAGAUCUAGGAUAGCGGCGCGACCGGCCAUUCUAAAAAAUGGAGCGGAACAGACGCUAUUUUAGUGACGCGGACAUUAAUACAGUUAAUACUAAUAAACACAUAAUUUUUAAAAACUAAAAUAAAUUACUCAAAAUCAAUAAAGUAUUCAUAGAUAGAAAUAAACGGCAUAACUCUUAAGCAAAACAUAUUUGCAAAUGCCAAUAUAAUUCAAUAAAAUAACCUUGCCAUCGUUAAAAAAUUUAAGAGUAAUAUCGUCUAUGGCUGACGCGGUGCUCUCGGGCACGUCAUUCCAAAUCCAAUCCCAUCAGUGCCGGAACGGCACAGCCUAACGCAUUUUUCUUGGUUUUGCUGUUCCGAGCCGAGAUAAUGGCCGGAACGGCCGAGUUUGCUAACAUAUGGUACUGUUAUAUGCAACUGUAGCAGCUAAAUUUGAACUACUAUUUUCUGCGAUCUGCAAUUGCAAUUGACAAUACUGCAUUUCAGUUAUUUUGGUUCAAUAUAGAAAUUUGAACUACUAUUUUUUGGUAUCUGCAAUUGCAAUUGACAAUGCUGCAUUUCAGUUAUGUUGGCUCAAUAUAGAAAUGUGACUGAGUUAUAUGCUGUAGUCCUUUUGACAUAUUUUUUAUAAUUCCGGGAUUAGUCAGUCCAAAAAGGCGACUGAGUGACCUAUUACCUUUUCUGAAAAA